AUGGAGGCCCAAGCCAGAGAACACGAACGUCUCCUGAGCGAGGCCCACGGAGAAGACGCUUUAAAACACGCCAUCGCCGCUGCCGAACUGUAUAUGCAGGCUGCUAGCAAGUCGAAAUCUCGGGAAGACCGCAGACGGCUAAGCAACAAGAUCACCGAGCUCAUUGCCCUAGGGGAGCGUCUUAAGGCCAACGCCAAAGUUGCCAGCAGCGCCUCUCGACCACCUGUUCCCGAGUCUACCCGGCCCCUGACCACAGCGGAGAAGUCGGCUGUUCUUGAAGCAUCACGACUACAUGGAAAUGUGUUCCUGCCAUGGGAGCGUGCCCCGGAUCCACAGAGCUUCCGCGAUGCCGGCGGUCCUAUUUACACUGACCCUUCGCCGUUCUCCCUCUCCCCUGAGCAGCUAGCUAUUUUUGCCGGUUGGCGGCGCCCUACUGAGCUUCCAGGGUUCGGAGAUGGAAGUGGCCAAGGAGACCAAGAACAACUCAUGACCACUCAGGCGGAAACGGACCUGGCGCAGGAUUUGGCCACAGAUUGUUCCGUCGUAGCUAGCCUGUGUGCUGCUGGUCGCCACCUUGGGUCUACGAAAGGCUCGUUACUCAGUUCGCUAAUGUACCCAUUUGACGACGAGAGGAUACGCCCGACCGUCUCUAAGAACGGGAAGUACGUGUUCCGCAUGUACUUCAAUGGAAGCUGGCGCAGCGUCGCAAUCGAUGACCGUCUCCCCGCGUCCAAGACUGACCGCACUCUGUAUGUCGUCGACCGGCGCAAUCCUCGGUUGAUAUGGCCGGCUCUAGUCGAAAAGGCAUACCUGAAGAUACGCGGCGGUUACGACUUCCCCGGCAGUAACUCGGCAACGGACCUACAUACUUUAACGGGAUGGAUCCCUGAGCAAAUCUUUCUUUUGAGUGACGAACUCGAACUUGAUGAAACAUGGUCUAGGAUCAAGAAGGGCUACGAUGAUGGGAAUGCAAUUCUUUCCCUCGGAACAGGGAACAUCCCACCUGAGGAGGAGAAAGCGUUGGGUUUGGUGAGGGAGCACGGGUAUGCAGUCAUGAACCUGAAAAAGGAGGAUGGCUCCCGUUUGUUGCUCAUCAAGAACCCCUGGGUUGAUAGCUUGGUUUGGACGGGUCUUGGGUGCUCAGCGACCCUCAAAGUGCACACAGUUGGAGCGUCUGACGGCGCACCCAACCAGUUCUGGAUGGCCAUCGAGGAUGUGCUCCAACACUUUGACUCGCUCUACGUCAACUGGAAUCCGGCCAUGUUCACCCACCGGCAAGAUCACCACUUCAAGUGGGCAAUGGGCGACAAGACGGAGGAGUUAGUAUUCACACACAACCCGCAGUACAGUGUGCUCUCUCCCUCUGGUAGCCCUGUCUGGGUCCUGCUCAACCGUCACUGGCAGGACGGCGAGCUCGAGAUACUGCGCCAACGCAAAGUGGACAAGGACCGUAGCAGCACCUCCUUAGCAACCGUCUCGAUGCAGCUCGGCUUCAUGGCUCUCGCGCUGUACGCCACCUCGCCCCCUGGCACCCGCGUCCCUCUGCCCGACAUCACCCGCCGCCUCCACCAAACCACCUACGUUGACAGCCCCAACACGCUCCUCCGCUACACCCCGGCCCCCGGUACCCCUCAAACGCUCGUGAUCACCCAAGCCGAGCUGCCCCUCCCGAGCUACUCCUUCACCCUGUCUUUCUUCUCCCACAACCCCUUAACCAUCACCCCGGCCCCGCACCCGCUCCCGUACAACACCUCGGUCGCCGGCUCCUGGACGCGCCGCACCGCCGGCGGCAGCGCCUCGCACCCAACCUACUACACCAACCCGCAAUACGCCCUCACCCUCACCAACCCCUCCCCGAUCAGCCUCGUGCUGAGCACCUCAGCCCACGACCUGCCGCUGCACGUCGCCGUGCUCUUCACGCCGGACGGCGGGCGCGUCAUCUCGCCCUCGGGGCGCGACAUGCUGUGCUCCAGCGCCGAGUACGCCCGCGGGUGCGCCUCGGCCGCCCACCCGCGCCUCGACUCGGGCGUCACGUACGCCGUCGUGCUCUCCACCUUCGAGCCCGGCCACCUCGCCCCCUACACCCUGCGCGUCUCUGCCGCGUCCCCGCUGACCCUCCGCCCCUUGCCCGCCGACGGCGCCGGCCGCCUGCGCUCGUCCCUCCCGCCCUGCCCGCCCCCGGGCCGCCGCCCGGGGCCCGUUCGUCUCCGUGCGAGGGUUGUUCCCGCGCGCCUGACUCGCGUCAGUGUGCAUGUGAGCGCUGCGCCGCUGGGGAGGGGUGCUCGUUCCAGUGCCAGUGCCAGUAAUGGUAGUGGUAGUGGCGGCGGCGGCGGCGGUGGGAGCGCGGUACGCGUGGCGCUAGAGGUGGGCAGGGGGGCACACCGCACCGUGCUGGCGCUGUCGCGGGAGGGCGAGUUUGCGGACGCGGCCAUGGGCCUGCGCACGGCCGAGGUGCGUGUUGAGAACGGGGAGGCGCUGGCGGCGCGCGGUGGGCUGUGGGUGGUGUUGGAGCAGAUUGGGGGUGGGGCGGCUGCGUAUGGUAAUGGUGGUGGUGGUGGUGGUGGUGCUGCUGAUGGUGGGAGUGGGAGUGGGAGUGGGAGUGGUGCUGGGGGGGUGCAGGUUGAGGUGUUGAGUGACGGGGCGGUGGAGGUGGGUGGGUGGGAGAAUGCAGAUGAGGACUGA